CACAGCAGGCGGUGAAGGUCUUUGGCCUGUGUCUGUCCUCCUGGGGUUGUAGGUGUACUCCAACAGUGAAGCUGAGAGAUUGUGAUCAUUCCAGGAACUGCAGAAGGACCUAUGGAUCAUGGCAGGAAGGGUGAAGUGGGUCACUGACAUUGAGAAGUCGGUGCUAAUCAACAACUUUGAGAAGAGAGGGUGGAUACAAGUGACAGAGAAUGAAGAUUGGAAUUUUUACUGGAUGAGUGUGCAAACCAUUCGCAAUGUCUUCAGUGUGGAAACUGGGUACCGUCUCUCUGAUGACCAGAUUGUCAACCAUUUCCCCAACCACUAUGAACUGACCCGCAAAGACCUGAUGGUGAAGAACAUUAAAAGAUACAGGAAGGAACUGGAGAAGGAAGGAAGUCCUCUGGCAGAAAAAGACGAGAAUGGAAAAUACCUCUAUCUGGACUUUGUCCCGGUCACCUACAUGCUCCCUGCUGACUACAACCUGUUUGUGGAAGAAUUCCGGAAGAGCCCAUCCAGCACCUGGAUCAUGAAGCCUUGUGGCAAAGCCCAGGGAAAGGGCAUCUUCCUUAUCAACAAGCUCUCACAGAUCAAAAAGUGGUCGAGGGACAGCAAGACAUCCUCGUUUGUGUCUCAAUCCACAAAAGAAGCUUACGUGAUCUCGCUCUAUAUCAAUAAUCCGUUGCUAAUUGGUGGGAGGAAGUUUGACCUGCGUCUGUAUGUCCUGGUGUCUACAUACCGCCCACUGCGCUGCUACAUGUACAAGCUUGGCUUCUGCCGUUUCUGCACAGUAAAGUACACCCCGAGCACCAGCGAGCUGGACAACAUGUUCGUUCACCUUACAAAUGUAGCCAUCCAGAAGCACGGGGAGGACUACAACCAUAUUCAUGGUGGCAAGUGGACUGUCAACAACCUGCGACUCUACCUGGAGAGCACUCGAGGCAGGGAGGUGACCAGCAAACUGUUUGACGAAAUCCACUGGAUCAUCGUGCAGUCUCUCAAGGCCGUGGCACCAGUGAUGAACAAUGACAAGCACUGCUUUGAAUGCUAUGGCUACGACAUCAUCAUCGAUGACAAGCUGAAGCCCUGGCUGAUUGAGGUUAACGCGUCCCCAUCUCUCACCUCCAGCACCGCCAAUGAUCGAAUUCUUAAAUACAACCUGAUUAAUGACACCCUCAACAUUGCGGUCCCCAAUGGUGAGAUUCCCGACUGCAAAUGGAAUAAGUCUCCACCCAAGGAAGUUCUUGGCAACUAUGAAAUCCUGUAUGACGAAGAGCUGGCCCAGGGUGACGGGGCUGACAGAGAGCUCAGAAGCCGCCCGGGCCAGCCAGUGGGGCCCAGAGCAGGCCGCUCCAGAGACUCAGGGAGAAAUGUUCUCACAACCUGGAAGUGACCUACAGUGGGAAGAAAGACCCCCAGCCUCUCUACAGCUGUUCCAUAGGACUCUGCUCAACACAUAUUUUGGAAUUU